AUGCAUAUUUUGCAAGCUUUCUGUAGCUUUUCUGUAAUCGUGUGGACGUCUUUCAGUGUUACACAGGCACAAGCGAAAGAAUCACAGCAACAAAUUCCCCUCAAUGUGGUAAAACUAUGGGCUUCAGCCUUCGGAGGGGAAAUCAAGUCUAUUUCAGCCAAGUAUUCAGGCUCACAAUUCCUGCAGAAGAAAUAUAAGGAACAUGAGAAAACAGUAUCUGUUCAAGAAAUAGAUGGACUCCAGCUUGUCAAAAAACUGGCAAAGGAUAUGGAAAGAAUGUUUCGCAAUAAAGCUGAAGCAGUAAGACGUCUGGUUGAAGCUGCUGAAAAUGCUCACUUGGAGCAUGAAUAUAAUUCAGAUUUAGAGUAUGAAUACUUCAAUGCUGUUUUAAUAAAUGAAAAAGAUGAAAAUGGCAACUAUGUUGAACUUGGGAAGGAAUUUAUUUUGGAACCAAAUGAACAUUUUAAUAACUUGCCGGUUAACAUCAGCUUAAGUGAUGUCCAGAUACCAACAAACAAGUACAACAAAGACCCUGCCAUAGUAAAUGGAGUUUCCUGGUCUGAAGCAUUAAACAAAAUUUUUGUUGACAAUUUCGAACGUGACCCUUCUCUUUUAUGGCAGUACUUCGGGAGUGCUAAUGGAUUCUUCAGGCAAUACCCAGGUAUAAAAUGGGAGCCAGAUGAAAAUGGAGUGAUUGCAUUUGACUGCAGAAAUCGCAAAUGGUACAUUCAGGCAGCUACUUCACCCAAAGAUGUUAUCAUUUUGGUUGAUGUCAGUGGAAGUAUGAAAGGACUUCGCAUGACAAUAGCCAAACAAACAGUUUCUUCCAUCCUGGACACACUUGGAGAUGAUGACUUUUUCAAUAUUAUUGCAUACAAUGAAGAACUUCACUAUGUGGAACCAUGCAUAAAUGACACUUUAGUACAAGCAGACAGAAACAACAAAGAGCACUUCAGAGAACAUCUUGAUAUCCUGAAUGCAAAGGGAAUUGGGAUGCUAGGUUUCGCUUUAACUGAAGCUUUCACCCUUCUGAAGCAGUUUAACGCCACUGGCCAUGGAAGCACUUGCAGCCAAGCUAUAAUGCUGGUUACUGAUGGGGCUGUGGAUACUUAUGAUACCAUAUUUGCAAAAUACAACUGGCCAGAUCAAAAAGUGCGAAUAUUCGCCUAUUUGAUUGGACGUGAAGCUGUAUUUUCUGAAAAUCUGAAAUGGAUGGCGUGUGCUAAUAAAGGAUACUUCACUCAGAUUUCUACUCUUGCCGAUGUGCAAGAAAAUGUGAUGGAAUACCUUCAUGUUCUGAGCAGACCAAAGGUCAUUGACCAGGAACAUGAUAUUGUGUGGACAGAAGCGUACAUUGAUAACACACUCCCACAGGCUAAAAAGACUGUUGCUGAUUCUGAGCGAGUUCUAAUGACAACAAUUGCAAUGCCUGUGUUUAGCAAGAAGAAUGAGACGCGCACACAAGGUAUUCUUCUGGGUGUGGUCGGAACAGAUGUUCCGGUGAAAGAGCUUUUGAAAGUUAUUCCAAAGUAUAAGCUGGGCAUUCAUGGAUAUGCUUUUGCAAUCACAAACAAUGGUUAUGUCUUAACACAUCCAGAUCUAAGACCACUGUAUGAAGAAGGAAAAAGAAGGAGAAACCCCAAUUACAAGAGUGUUGACCUCUCUGAACUGGAAUGGGAAGACAAGGAUAACAUUCUGCGUAAUGGUAUGGUAAAUCGCAAAACAGGAAAAUUUUCCAUGGAGGUGAAAAAGACUGUUGAGAAAGGGAAGCGAGUCUUAGUGAUGACAAAUGAUUACUAUUACACAGACAUCAAAGGCACUCCAUUCAGUCUAGGUGUGGCUUUAUCCAGAGGACAUGGCAAGUACUUCCUCCAGGGAAAUGUUACACUGGAAGAAGGUAUGCAUGACAUAGAAUAUAAAGAACUUGCUGUUCCACUAGCCAAGCAAUUUCAAUACAGUUGCAACACUCGCAUCUAUCCGACAAUAAAUGCUGACAAGGGUGUUGAAGUUUCUUUCCUUGGAACACGUACAGGCCUAAGCCGUGUCAAUCUGUUUGUUGGACAAGAACAACGUACUAAUCAAGAUUUUUUGACUGCAAAGGACAGGGAAAGUAUUUUCACAGCAGAUCAUUUCCCUCUGUGGUACAGGAAAUCAGCGGAACAACUUCCAGGCACUUUUGUCUAUUCCAUUCCAUUUAGUACAGAGACAGAAAAUAAAAGCAAUGUUGUGACAGCUAGUACAACUGUCCAGCUCUUGGACAACAGAAAAUCACCAGUAGUUGCAGCUGUAGGUAUUCAGAUGAAAUUGGAGUUUUUCCAGAAGAAAUUCUGGACUGCAAGCCGACAGUGUGCGUCUCUUGAUGGAAAGUGCACAAUAAACUGUGACGAUGAGAUAAUAAAUUGUUACCUCAUAGAUAACAAUGGAUUUAUUUUGGUUUCUGAAAAUUAUGAUGAGACUGGAACUUUUUUUGGGGAAGUGGAAGGAGCGGUUAUGAAUAAGUUACUAAUCAUGGGCUCAUUUAAACGAAUAACACUUUAUGACUACCAAGCUAUGUGUAAAGCAACCGUAGACAAUAGCGACAGUGCACAUAGUUUACUGGAUCCUUAUUAUGUCUUUUUUGCUGCAAUAAAGUGGAUUAUGACUGAACUUGUCUUAUUUCUGGUGGAGUUCAAUCUUUGCAGUUUGUGGAAUUCAGACUUCACAGUGAAAGCACAGAGUCCUAAGCAAGUUCUUCAGCCAUGUGACACUGAAUAUCCAGCCUUUGUGUCUGAACGAACUAUCAAGGAAACCACAGGAGCAGUCAGCUGUGAAGGGUGCUACAAGUCAUUUGUCAUCCAACAGAUUCCAAGCAGUAACCUCUUCAUGGUUGUUGUAGACGCCAGCUGUGAUUGCCCUAUUGGACCAAUUACAAUGGACCCUAUAGAAAUAAUGUAUAAUGAAUCACAGAAAUGUGAUCAUCUUAGAUCUCAGAAAAUCAGAAGACGUCCAGAUUCCUGUCAUCCAUUCCAUGCUGAAGAAAAUGCAAGAGAAUGUGGAGGUGCACUUGGUCUAACCCCUUACCUUGCGAUUCAACUGCUGCCUCUCACUGUUGCAUUGUCUCAGACGUGA